UGGCAUUUGGUGCAGUUCUCCUGAAAUAUUUCCGAUGUGGGACUAAUUAAAUUAAGUAGGUGCUAUUUACAUUUCCCGAACGACAUUACAACCAAGGGGAACCGUCAAGGUCAAUAUGAUGGACUGGACCAUGGAAACAUGGGUAUUUUCGGUAAUCAACGCAAAUACCGGGCGGAGUCCGCUCUCAAACUCGCAGUAUCCAGGCCUGUCUCAGUCUUCGCGCGGUGGUCAGUGGUUCCGUCUCUUGAUCACUAUGAACUCUGCAAUCGCUCUCGGCGGACCGGUACGCUGUCGGGGCUUCUCCGGUGACCGGAGCCCUAAGCCAAUCAAACAUGAACCGGCGAAAUUCAAAUUGCCUUCAAGGUCUUUCCAAUUGACCAAGGGAAAUUGUACCGGAAGCCUCUCGUCGGGGGGAUGUCUCCCCGGUUCUGGACUUCGGAAUGGUUCGUCGCUGGUUUCUGGAUUCGUUUUUCCGUCUCGAAUUGGAGUUUCCUCGAACGAUGCUCAGUUCGGUUCGUUUGCUGAGGAUAAGGAUGUCGAGGCGCCGAGUUUCUUCGAGUUUAUCACGUCUGAGAGGGUUAAGGUAGUGGCCAUGCUUGCUUUGGCUCUUGCGCUUUGUAACGCCGAUCGGGUUGUGAUGUCGGUAGCUAUUGUUCCGUUGUCUUUAUCCCAUGGCUGGAGUCGAUCGUUCGCCGGCAUAGUUCAGUCAUCGUUCCUUUGGGGUUAUUUUGUUUCACCAAUAGCCGGCGGAGCGCUGGUGGACUACUACGGUGGCAAGACGGUCAUGGCCUGGGGGGUGGCUUUGUGGUCACUGGCCACAUUUCUAACUCCUUGGGCCGCUGAAACUUCAUUAUGGGCACUUCUUGCCAUGCGUGCUUUGCUUGGCGUUGCUGAAGGUGUGGCCCUUCCUUGUAUGAACAACAUGGUUGCUAGAUGGUUUCCUCCAACAGAACGAGCCAGGGCCGUUGGUAUAGCAAUGGCUGGAUUUCAGUUAGGAAGUGCCAUAGGACUCAUGCUCUCUCCAAUCCUAAUGUCUCAAGCUGGUAUAUUUGGACCAUUUGUUAUUUUUGGGUUGUCAGGGUUCUUAUGGGUUUUGGUAUGGUUAUCUGCAAUAUCCAGUACUCCUGAUCGGAAUCUUCAGAUAUCCAAAUACGAAUUAGAAUAUGUACUGAACAAGAGGCCACAACCUCUAGUGGUUGAGAACGUACCCAGGACCACUGUGAUUCCUCCUUUCAAGCGGCUACUUUCUAAAAUGCCAACAUGGUCUCUCAUCGUUGCAAAUGCUAUGCAUAGUUGGGGAUUCUUCGUGAUUCUUUCAUGGAUGCCUAUCUACUUCAACUCAGUGUAUCAUGUUGACCUCAGACAAGCAGCAUGGUUUAGUGCUGUACCGUGGAGCGUGAUGGCACUGAUGGGAUAUUUUGGUGGAUUGUGGUCAGAUGGGUUAAUACGAAGUGGUACAUCUAUCACUUUGACUCGAAAAAUUAUGCAGUCGAUAGGCUUUAUCGGCCCUGGGGUUGCCUUGAUCGGCCUCACUUCAGCCAGAAGUGCAUCCAUUGCAUCGGCGUGGCUAACUUUGGCAGUUGGACUGAAAUCUUUCAGCCACUCAGGUUUCCUUGUGAACCUUCAGGAAAUUGCUCCGCAAUACUCUGGUGUGCUUCACGGCAUUUCCAACACUGCUGGGACACUUGCUGCUAUUGUGGGAACAAUUGGGGUUGGUUUCUUCGUGGAGCUUGUGGGCUCUUUCCAAGGAUUUCUAUUGCUAACCUCUGCUCUCUAUUUCAUGGCCGCGCUUUUCUACAUCAUGUUUUCUACGGGCAAGAGGGUAAAUUUCGAAGAAGAAACUGAUUAGUAGUGGCUGCAGUUUCAGUGUGGGUGAAAAAUCAGACCAAAUCUUACAAUGUAUAGCUCGAUCUUUUCUUAACGAACAACCUUACAAUUUUUGUAAGUCAUCAACCAGCCAAAUCAAGUGGAGAUCAAAUUAUACCAUACCAUACAAGUGCUAUAUUUA